GAAUUCGAAGCGCGUCGUGCUCCCUUCGUGCCUGGUUUUGGCGCAUCUCGAGGCGAUGCUGUCAGAGCUACAGCAGCUUCGCAGGCUUGGCGUACGACAUGUCCUCGCUCAGGUGCUCAAUUUCGUCACUGUCUUGUCAACCGCUUUGGCCAUGUGGAAAGGCAUGAGUAUCGUCACCAAUACAGAGUCACCCAUCGUCGUCGUACUCAGUGGCUCAAUGGAACCUGCGUUCUAUCGAGGCGACUUGCUCUUCCUGGCGCUACCGCCCAAAGAGCCCCUCAGAGCAGGCGAUAUCCCAGUCUACAACGUGCCGGGCGCUGCCAUUCCAAUUGUCCAUCGCAUCAUAGAAGUUCACGAUGAACACCCCAAGCCGGUCAAGCAAGCCAACCUCAGCAUGGUCGUCACUCAUCAAGGCGUGCAAGAGCAAUGGAUCAUGACAAAAGGCGACAACAACCCGACAGAUGACAUUUCGCUCUACAACGGUCUACAGUAUCUACAACGCAGCCAUAUCGUCGGCAAAGUCAAAGGAUACGUCCCCUUCGUGGGCUAUGUCACCAUAGCGAUGAACGACUUUCCCAAGCUCAAAUACGCUUUGCUCGCUGUCCUUGGCGGCUUCGUGCUUCUGCAUCGCGAGUAGUCUGUGUGCAGAAGAUCCUGUUGUUGUGAAAUACAAGCAAUCUGCUCUACAACAAGAUAACCUCGGCCAGAUGACUAUGCGUCUCUGCACUCGCACCCUCCUUGCUCCAUUGCGACAGGAAAGCGACACUUCCCGCUGCCAGAUCGAGGAUCCGCCUGCAAACGAGACUCAAAUCGAUGUCAUGGAGCGUGAAGAGAUCGAUCAACGCCUGCUGCAGUGGCGAACUCCAGAUCCUGCAGAUUGAGUUAGCUCAAGACGUCUGCCAGCAAACGUGUACACACGAGAUUGCUACGAUGAACAGUAGCUGA